AUGGCGGCGACCAAGGGCCAUCUGGAUGUUAUGGAGCGGCUCCACGCGAAUCGAAGUGAAGGUGGAAGUCCUUGUGAGUUUUCGGGUGCUGCAGCUGCGAGGUGUCUGGAUGGGAUGCAAUGGUUGGUGACUCAUCGCCCCGACGAUAACUGCUUUGACGAAGCAAUGCUGGCUGCAUCGGGAAAAGUUAUUGGAUGGCUGCUAAGUCAAGUGGCCAUUUGGAGCUGGCCCAAUAGCUUGAUGGCCAUGGCAUCACACACCCCAGAGCGAUGGAUGUGGCUGCAUCAUGCGGUCAUUGCACGUGCUCGAGUUGCAAGUCGUUUGAUGUGUCGAAGGCGGCUAUGGACGAACCCUCCUCGAACAGCCAUCUUGGAGUUGUCCAAUGGCUUCACAAACAUCGAUGCGAGGGCUGCACCGCCACGGCCAUGGAUCGUGCGGCUGAAGAAGGACAUUUCAGCGUUGUGCAGUGGCUACAUUGGCACUGAACGGAAGGUUGUCCAACCGACGCUAUAG